AUGGGGGGAAGGAGGGCGGAGUGCUACGAAGGCGGGGAGAGCAGCAGAGACGACAUGGGAGUGUGGGGUGCCAGAGGGUAUGGCAGCAGCAGUGGUGCUUCUGCUGGAAAUGGUGAUUAUCAUAUGGGCGGAAGGGACGAAGCUGGAGGAGGAGCAAUGGAAGAAGCAGAAUUUGCAGGUGUGAUGAAAAAGAAGCUGGGGCGAAGGGCCAGUCAGCCUCCGACCAUAUUUGGAUCAGCUCUAGCGGCAGCAGCGGCAGUAGACGGCAGCAGUGGUCUAGAAGGGUUUAGAGGUCGGCAAGGGGGUCUGAUUCCCAGCGAGAAUUUCAGGCUAGGACAAUCUGGGUUUGGGCGGUUGCAUCCUGGGAGUGAAGGGGAGGUGAUGAAGGUACUGGGCGAUGUGGACAUGCUUAUAGAGCGAUGCAUGGAGAUGCUUAUAGCGGAUGCCCGAUCUGGCUCACCUCUCCCGCGCUCGGUGUCUGCUGGUGAUGGUGCUCCUGGUUCUGAGGCUGCUGCUGCUGCUGCUUCUGCCGCUGCUGCUGCUGCUGCUGGUGCUGGUGCUGGUGGUGACGGUGGUGAUGGCGGAAUAAGCCUGGGGCAUCAUAGCAUAAGCAACUCGCGAUACAGCAAGAGCCUAUCUGCUAUUGAUGACAGCAGCGGCAGUGGGGGUGGGGCCAGUAGCAGCAGAACGGUCAACCCCAUGUACAGUGCACAGUACAGUGCACUUGUGAAGCGAUUCAAGAAGCUGUCGUCUCGGCCGCCCAUCACUCUGGAUCCCUUUGGGAGACUGGCAGCAGCUGCUGCAGCAGCAGAAGUGAAUGCAUUUGCAGAAGACGCGGCAUUUGCAGACGAAACAGGAGAAGUGAGUGGAGGGAAUGGGGAAAGAGUAGGGGAAGGAGGGAGAGGAGGCAGAGGAGGAGGAGGAGGAACCGGAGGUGCGGCAUCAUCACGGACUGGCAGCAAAGGGAAAGAUGCAGGGAGUCGCAUGGAAGGAGACAUGACAGAAGAGGAAGGGAGUGUGCAUAAGCGCACCAUGUCAGACGAUCUGUUUGCACGUGAUCCCUUGCAUGCAGCCUUCGGCGUGUGCCACCAAAGCCCCCACGUUUCCCCCAACUCCAGCCCUUCUGCUUGUGCUGCUGCUGUGGCUGCUGGAAGGGAUGGGACAGCAGGUGGAGAAGCAGGAAGGGCAGGAAAAGGGCCAGCGCAUCGUUUUCAUGCUCCACAUGUAGAGAUACCAACCAACCCUGAGCUGGUAUCCCCAAAGCAGACCCAUCCGCAUCCCCUCUUUGCGGAGUUAGAAGCUGUGGAAGUAGAAGAUACGUUUGCAGCAGAAACCCAUGCGAGGAUAGGUGCAAAUGCUAGCGGAAUCCAUGGUGCUUGUGCUCAAAACGAGGCUGCCACAAAUGGGGAUGAGGAUGAAGAUGGGGGGGGCCCUUCCAAUUUCACGUUCUCUCCUCUCUCGGACACAUCAGGCUCGGGAAGCUCUGCCUCAAUCUCCCGGAGCACUCGGGCCGCUGCAGAAGAUAUCCCGAACCUGCUGCCGUCUCCGGUCCAGAUGUCCGGACCUGCGUCGAUUGUGAGUGCCGUGUCUGCGAUCCACGCGCGGAAGAACCGAAGCUCUCAAUUGGCUCGGUCCGAAUCAGAUGCAGCAGGAGGUGCACGGCGGUUGUCCCGCCGGGAGAGGGAGCAGCAGAAGAAGCAACAGGAGAGGGACCGGCAGCAGGUUCAGGAGGAAGAGGAUUUAUAUCCGCUCCCGGACCUGCCGAUAGCAGCACAUUCGUUCGUUCCUUUCCUGUCUGCCAUACCUCGCUCCCUCCACCUUCAGCUAUGGACAAUAUACUCCCUCCCUCUGCCCUCCCGUAUGUGCUUAACCUACCUCCCUCCCGCUACUCACCCUUUACUGUACACAAUCUACCUCACCAGCACAUUGCGGGCAGGAGCCCUCGAAGCAGCCAUAGCAGCCCUGGAGAUGGGGGAAGUGCGCGCCCCUGCCCUCUCCUCCCUGCCCUGGAGUUCCCAAGAGGCCUUUCUCAAGGCCUGGGUGCGAGAUGCCUACCUGCUGGUGAGUGUGAUGGUGACUCUCAGCUGUAGGUUAGUCUGGCUCCUCACACUCAACCUUGCCCACUCCCUCCCAUCCCAUACCCCUUACAAGCAGAUGGACGUGCUGCUAGUAGCGGAGCGCUUUCUCUGCGACAGUGUGUUCCUCUUCUCCCACAACCUCUCCACCCGCUCCUUCCGCCGCAUCGUGCCGCGAGCAGCAGCGCUGAAGCAGGCGCUGCACCUGCUGUGUGGCAAUGCUGCUGCCAUCUGCUCGUCUGAUGAGCAGCCGGAGAAGCUGUUCAGUCUGCUGGACAUGAUUCAGACCACCCAGGACCUUGGGUCGCAGAACAUUCUCACUCUCCUGCUGUACUUACCUCUCUCUCCAUCCGUCAAUUCGAAUGGAAAACUUGCGUGUGACAGCAGUUUUUGUAUCACCAAGGUGCCUCAAAAACAAUCCCUCCUGCCUUGCUUGACCCUCCCCUCUCCACUCACUCACUCACCCAUGCAGAUGGAAGAUGUGCUGAUGGCAGCAGGUAUGGAAAAGGCUCAUGAGCAAUGGAAGAAGCUGCCAAAACUGCUGACAUCAGCAGCAAUUGCAUCGAUCGACAAGCUCAAGGAGAGGUUGAACGACGUGGGUGCAGCGCAGCAGCAGGCUAUGGCUGUUGCAGCAUCACCACGGUCUGCACAGAAGAUAUUCAGGUUGUGGAAGGCACCAGCGGAGGAGAGGCCGAGAGAAGAGACGGAUGUGUCAGUGCAUGCCAUCACCAGCUACACUGUCAACUACGUCAACCAGCUGCUGCGCAAAGACGGCUCCAAGUAUGCGCGCAUGCUGGAGAGCGUGUACAGGCGAAGAGGAGGGGAGACAGGCACACGAAGAGUAUUGAACGAGGAGAUCAGUGACCUGCUGGCAGCUCUGCACCGCAACAUGGAAGUGCGGGCAGAGGUCAUUGCAGAGCGCACCGUUGCUGCUCUCUUCAUGCUCAACAACACUGCCUAUGUCUCCAACUCUCUGUGA